AUGAUCUUAAAUUGCGGUUUUGUGUAUUGGAAAAAUAGAACAUUGGAGAGCUUGAUGAAUGGUCCAUAAAAGACAAUGUGACAGGUUAUAGUCGGAAAGACCAGGCAGCAAUCGGAAAGUCAAUGUCGACUUCCGCCUGCCACGCCAUCAUCUAUGCAUUACCGGUGUGCCGUUUUUGGGUGUCUUUCCCAGCGUUCGGCCGACAUUCGUCACCUUUGCCGACAGACGAAGCCGCGCCGCAAAUCAAGGCCUGCUCUUUCGCCUCCUGA